AUGCACCCACAAGCGCGAGAUCAGAUCAGCUCGGGGAGCUCGACUCCCGCAAACAGCCAUGAGUGGGAUUCUGAAGGCAAUGAGACUCUGGGCGACUCUAGAGUCGAGCGCGACCGCAGGGUCACUGACCUCGCUCGCGCGCUCAGCUCGCGAUCGAAACAGUCCGAUCACCCGCUCCCGUUCGAACCCGGAAAGGAUGGCCGUUUGGAUCCCCUGAGCCCUCAGUUCAAUGUCCGUGCAUGGGCCAGGGCCUUCUACGACGUUCGGUACAAUUCAGAAGAUGCCGCUCCUCCGCGUGUUGCCGGUGUCGCCUUCAAGAAUCUCAAUGUUGUCGGGUAUGGAACUCCAGUCGACUAUCAGAUGAGCGUCGGAAACACCCUGAUCAAGCUGCCCACCCUCGUCCUGCAGUUUUUCCGCGGAAAGAAAGAGAAGAUUGAGAUCCUCAAAGACAUCAAUGGGCUCCUUCUUCCCGGAGAGCAGCUCUGUGUCCUGGGACCCCCGGGCUCAGGCUGCUCGAGCCUCCUCAAGACCAUCGCCCAAGAGACGCACGGCUUCGAGGUCGACCCGGCCUCGUACGUCAACUACCAGGGAAUUACCCCGAAGCAGAUGUCGAAACACUUCCGCGGAGAGGCGAUCUACACUGCCGAGGUCGACGCACACUAUCCUCAGCUCAUUGUUGGCGACACCCUGUACUUCGCGGCCCUGACCCGGACCCCCCGCCAGAUCCCUGGUGGCAUGAGCCGGAAGGAAUAUGCCGUUCAUUUGCGCGACGUCAUCAUGUCAACAUUCGACAUCAGUCAUACCAUCAACACCAAGGUUGGAAACGACUUUGUUCGGGGUGUCAGUGGUGGUGAGCGGAAGCGAGUCACCAUUGCCGAAGCGGCGCUAAGCUAUGCGCCAUUGCAAUGCUGGGAUAACAGUACUCGCGGGCUAGACAGUGCGAAUGCUGUCGAGUUUUGCCGCACACUACGAACCCAGGGUGAUGUCUUUGGGAUCACCUCGUGUGUAGCCAUCUAUCAAGCUCCCCAGGCGGCCUAUGAACUCUUCGACAAAGUCACCGUGCUGUAUGAAGGAAGGCAGAUCUACUUCGGCCCUGCUAAGGAGGGCAGAGAUUACUUCGUCCGCAUGGGAUUCACUUGCCCGGAAGCUCAAACGACCCCUGAUUUCCUAACCUCAAUGUCCAGUCCGGUGGAGCGUGUGAUCACGCCGGGCUUCGAGCAUCUUGUUCCUCGGACAUCCGAUGAUUUCGCAAAGCGUUGGAAAGAAAGCCCUGAGUGCCAGGCACUUCUCGCCCAGAUCAGUCAAUACGUGGAUGACCAUCCUUUCGAAGCAGAGGACUUUGAACAGUUCGCCUUGUCCCGACAGGCUGAAAAGUCCAAAGGGCAGCGACCAAAGUCACCAUAUACGUUGUCGUACUGGAGCCAGAUCCGCGUGUGUCUCUGGAGAGACUUUCAGCGUCUCAAGAACGAUCCCAGCGUUACCCUGGCAAUGCUGAUUGGGAAUUUUUUUGAAGCUCUAAUUAUUGCAAGUGUCUUCUACAACAUGCCAGCAGACACCUCCUCGUUCUUUUCCCGGGGAGCUCUUUUAUUUAUGCUGGUUCUCCUGAGCGCCUUCUCCAGCAUCCUCGAGAUUCUCACCUUGUACGAGAAGAGAACUAUUGUUGAAAAGCACAAUCGCUAUGCCCUCUAUCACCCGAGUGCUGAGGCGAUAUCAUCAAUGAUCAUGGACAUGCCUUACAAAAUCACAAACUCCCUGCUCACCUGCCUUCUGCUAUAUUUUAUGGGAAAUCUCCGUCGUGAACCUGGGUCAUUCUUCUUCCUCUACCUGAUUGCCUUUGCGAUGAUGAUGGGAAUGUCCAUGUUCUUCCGCUUCUUUGCCUCGUUGACCAAGUCAAUGGAGCAGGCUAUGGCUCCCUCCUCGAUCAUCCUUCUCGUCCUUGUGCUUUACACCGGCUUUGCCAUCCCUGUCAGCUACAUGCGUGGCUGGGCCUCUUGGCUCCGGUGGUUGAACCCUGUCUUCUACGGAUUUGAAGCUGUGAUGUUGAAUGAAUUCCACGCGCGGGAGUUUCCCUGUGUUUCGUUUGUUCCGUCGGGACCAGGGUAUGAAAACGUUUCACUUGAACAGCAGGUGUGCUCGACCGUCGGAGCGGUUCCAGGGUCCACUGUUGUCCAGGGUGCCGACUUUGUGCGGUCCUCCUAUGGCUAUGAAAACAGCCAUCGGUGGCGGAAUUUUGGAAUCCUUGUCGCACUUAUAGUGUUCCUUGCUGGACUGCAUCUGAUCACCUCGGAGUUGGUGUCUUCCCAGCGCUCAAAAGGUGAAGUGCUCGUCUUCCGCCGUGGUAAAACACAGCAAACAAGGGCGAAGCGACAACAGGGUGAUGAGGAGCAAAUAGCAAGCCCUGCUGCUCUCAGUGUAAAGAUUGGCGACGAAGGGGUUGGCGACGUGGUUGGAGUCGAAAAGCAGAGCUCCAUAUUUCACUGGGAAGACGUGACCUACGACAUCAAGAUCAAAGGCGAACCGCGUCGCAUUCUGGACCACGUUGACGGAUGGAUCCAACCGGGCACUCUGACGGCACUCAUGGGUGUCUCUGGCGCGGGCAAGACCACCCUUCUGGACGUGCUGGCCAGCCGGACAACGAUGGGGGUCGUUGGGGGCAACAUGCUUGUGGACGGCCGAGUACGUGAUGAGUCCUUCCAACGAAAAACUGGUUAUGUUCAGCAGCAAGAUCUUCAUUUGCACACGUCCACUGUGCGCGAGGCCCUGGAAUUCAGUGCGCUGCUUAGACAGCCACCCCAGUACAGCCGUGCUGAGAAGCUCGCGUAUGUGGAGACUGUGAUUGAUCUACUAAACAUGCGAGAAUAUGCCGAUGCCAUUGUCGGAGUUCCAGGUGAGGGUCUCAACGUGGAACAACGCAAGCGACUGACUAUCGGCGUUGAGCUCGCUGCACGCCCAAAGCUUUUGUUGUUCCUGGAUGAACCAACCUCUGGGUUGGACAGUCAAACAUCAUGGUACGUCCAGCAGUCGACUGCUGGCGGGUUUACUGUCUGCCGACUGCCUAACCUCGCGCGUCAUUCCCCAGUGUCCAUCUGCAACCUUAUGGAGACUCUGACCAAGAACGGGCAAGCAAUCCUCUGUACUAUUCACCAACCCUCUGCGAUGCUCUUUCAGCGCUUUGACAGACUACUCCUCCUUGCCAAAGGGGGCAAAACGGUCUAUUUUGGCGAAGUCGGCGCUGGGGGCAAAAUCCUGAUGGAUUAUUUUGUCCGUAAUGGUGGCGCUCCUUGCCCAGCUGGUGACAACCCCGCUGAGCACAUGCUCGAGGUUAUCGGGGCAGCACCAGGCGCUCAGACCGACAUCGACUGGCAUGCUGUGUGGAGGAGCAGUCCCGAGUACCAGCAAGUGCAAAGUCGUCUUCGUGAAUUGAGGGAGCUGGUGAACCAGCCGUCGGCAGUGUCAGAUCCAAAUGACCAGUCGAGCUAUGCCGAGUUUGCGGCACCCAUGUCUGAACAGCUACUGCAUGUUGGACGUCGUGUGUUCCAGCAGUACUGGCGCACCCCGUCUUACAUCUACUCUAAGGGCUUGCUUACUGUUGGCUGUGCGCUUUUCAUCGGAUUUUCUUUCUUCAAAAUGGAGAAUACCCGGCAGGGCCUGCAGAACCAGAUGUUUGGGGUCUUUGUCUUUCUCUUUGUGGUUGUCCAGCUCAUCUUCCAGAUCAUCCCUUCUUUUGUCACGCAGCGAACACUCUACGAAGCAAGAGAACGCCAGUCCAAGACGUACGCAUGGCAGGCUUUUGUCAUAACCAACAUUGCUGUUGAGUUCGCGUGGAAUACAGUAAUGGCGAUAUUUUGCUACCUCGUGUGGUUCUAUCCUGUCGGACUCUAUCGCAACGCUGAAUAUACCGACACUGUACACUAUCGCAGUACUCUGACUAUGCUUCUCAUCUGGGCCACUUUUCUCUUUGCCAGCUCAUUCGCCCAUAUGUUGAUCGCCGGCCUGGGCAAUGCAGAGAUUGCAUCUUCCCUGUCCAAUAUCUUGUUCAUUAUGAUGUACGUCUUCUGCGGGAUUCUCUCCACUCCCGACGCUCUUCCGGGGUUCUGGAUCUUCAUGUAUCGCGUGAAUCCUCUAACAUACCUGGUCUCAUCUCUACUGUCCACAACACUGGGAGAGGCGCCCAUGCACUGCGCCGACAACGAAGUCCUGUCCUUUUCGGCGCCGGACGGAAUGAGCUGCGGCGAGUACAUGCAGGACUAUCAAGCUGCCAAUGGGGGCUAUGUGCUCAAUCCCGAUGCACGGGGCAGUGAGGCCUGCAAUUUCUGCACCGUGGAGUCCACCAGCCAGUACUUGAACAGUCUCAAUGUAAUUUUCGCCAACCGAUGGCGCGACUUUGGCCUUCUCUGGGUCUAUAUUGUUUUCAACACUGUCGCGGCCGUUGCCUUUUACAAGAUCUUCCGCGUGCCGCGAGUCAAGAAGGCGCAAUAG